CCUAAUCUAAAGAUUGUUCCGUCGAGGACAAGAUAUAUAGUUGGGGCAGCAUUGUGUUCUUCAGACAACGAGUAAUGUCGGAUAAGCUAGUGGAACAUCCCAAUAUGUACUAUUUGGCUGCUUUCCUUCUACUUGGAGUCUGUCUACGUCUUGCCGAUGCUGAAUUACGGCCAUAUAAUGUAACAGCACAAAACCUCUUCGGCAUCUACGACAUUGAUAAGGACAGUGAAUACUCCUUGGCGGAACUCAAACUAUCAUACAACGGCUUCGACUCUAACUUCGACGGAGUUGUCUCCCGUGAGGAGUUUACCACAUACUUUACUACACAGAAUCAGUACUUGUUUGUUCUGACGCGUCCGCUGUACGACAUUUAUGACGCCGACCAGGACGGAGCUGUAACGGAAUAUGACUUUAACCAAAUUUACAAGUUAUGGGAUGCCAACGAAAAUAACGUUGUAAGCGAGCUUGAGUUUGUACACUGGUGGACGGUGACGCUGGAGGCCUUGGACCACCUCCACCACCCUGAUGUCUAACGCAUAGUACUCAUUAUGUUGAUGAGACAAUAAAAACGCCUCCACAAAAUAA